AAGAGAAAAAUAGGAAAAGAAAAGAUAAAGAUUGAGAGAUGCAGGUGUUGAUGUAUGGUAAAUUCACAGCAUGGUUGAGCACGAAACGAAGUGAAAGAAAAAGGAUUGAAAUGAAAAUAGUUAGGCAUAUAGAGAGUGAUGUUCGUGAAAUGGCAAGAGGGAGAAGCAUGGCCGUGUUUUUGUGGUGCCGUACUUGCAUUACAUAAGAGAAUUUUGAUGUUAGAAAAAGAAAAUGGAUGUUUGUUUAUAUGCAUGCGUUGGAAGGCAUCUAUUCCAAAACUCAUCACCUACCACUGAUAACUCCACCCCUUCCUCUUUAUCAUCACUCACAUUCCCCUUCAUCUCCCUCUUACCCGACCACCUUUCUCUCUGUUCUUCAGAUAGCUCCACUCCAACUUAGAUUCACUCUAACAUUUUCCGCAUAUAUAUGGGAAUAGGAUUCUCGCUCAUAUAGGCAAACUUGCUUUUGCUGACACCCCAACAUUCGGAGGCCUCAAAGAUCUGCCCUUUUGAGUUUCUUCCAUUGUUUCAGCCUCUUAGUUUGUGAAGGGGCUAUUUCAAAGAUCUGGGAUUUCAGGCUUCUCACUUGUUCUUCUGAAUGAGUACUGAUAUUGAGGCUUUCUGAAAAAUGGGGUCUGGUCUUAAUGCUGAAUUAUCCAAGAAAACUCCAAUUUUCGGUCUCAAAGUUUGGGAAAUCAUUGGAAUUGUAGUUGGUUUGUCAAUAAUAGUCAUUCUUUCUGUGGUCUCACUUUGCCUCACGUCAAGGAAGAAAUCUAGAAAAGAGAAAGACAGGAUUCCCCUUAGUCAAAUACCAACUGUGUCAAAGGAAAUCAAGGAAGUGCGGGUUGAACAAGUGCCAACUAAUUCAUUUGCUCCUCGCGAUGGAAUACUUCUUACAAUUCGGGACAAGUCCAGUGGCAAGGAAUCAGACAAUGUCAUGGUUCAUUUAGGUGUGGGGAAGAUGAAGAAUGGGAACAGCAACACUCACUCAGAUUCAUUUCGUUACAUAGAGAAAGAUGGAAGCGGUUCACACUCACAGUCCGGAGAAGAAGGUAGCUCUGGCACGUUUACAGUGUACAAGCAAUCUUCUUCACACCCUAUAACAGCUCCCUCACCUCUAUCUGGCCUUCCAGAAUUUUCUCACUUGGGUUGGGGUCACUGGUUUACCUUGAGGGAUCUUGAACUUGCCACUAACCGUUUUUCCAAAGAAAAUGUCCUGGGUGAAGGAGGGUAUGGAGUAGUUUAUAAGGGCCAAUUGGUCAAUGGAACUCCAGUUGCAGUUAAAAAGAUACUCAAUAACAUUGGUCAAGCAGAGAAAGAAUUUAGAGUGGAAGUUGAAGCUAUUGGCCAUGUCCGACACAAAAACCUGGUUCGCCUUUUGGGGUUCUGCGUUGAGGGAACCCACAGGAUGUUGGUUUAUGAGUAUGUCAAUAAUGGAAACUUAGAGCAAUGGCUUCAUGGAGCAAUGCGGCACCAUGGAUACCUUACCUGGGAAGCACGUAUCAAGAUUCUGCUGGGCACGGCCAAAGCGCUAGCAUAUUUGCAUGAAGCAAUUGAGCCAAAGGUGGUACACCGUGAUAUCAAGUCAAGCAACAUAUUAAUUGAUGAUGAUUUCAAUGCCAAGGUUUCUGAUUUUGGCCUGGCCAAGUUAUUGGGUGCUGGGAAGAGUUAUGUCACCACAAGAGUUAUGGGAACUUUUGGAUACGUGGCUCCUGAAUAUGCAAAUACUGGUCUUCUGAAUGAGAAGAGUGAUGUUUAUAGCUUUGGUGUUUUGUUAUUGGAAGGAAUUACUGGAAGAGACCCAGUUGACUAUGGUCGACCAGCAAAUGAAGUGAACCUGGUUGAUUGGCUGAAGAUGAUGGUUGGUAAUAGGAGAUCAGAAGAAGUGGUGGACCCCAACAUUGAGGUGAAGCCAUCCACAAGAGCUUUAAAACGGGCUCUCUUAACAGCUUUAAGAUGUGUAGAUCCAGAUUCUGAGAAAAGGCCGAAGAUGGGCCAAGUGGUUCGAAUGGUGGAGUCAGAGGAAUACCCUUUACCAAGAGAGGACCGAAGACACCGAAGAAGAAAUGGAGGGGGGAGUGGAGAAAUGGAUUCCCAGAAGGAAUAUUCUGACACAGACAGGAGUGAGAUUCAGGAUUCCAGAGAAGAAAGAAGAGGGUGACGAUACAAAUGACCUUAAGAUGGAUUCUUAUUCAGAAUUUGGUGGGUGUACAAAGUGGAAGUGCUAGCUUCUUUUUUAUUUUCUUCCAUAGCUUUUCUGAUUCUUCGAUGGUACAGCUCAUUUUAAUAUUUCUUUUUCUAUGCAUUCAUCAGUUCUUGGUGUCCCUUUGCUUGUGUGUAGAUGCUAUUUCUGAGAUAAUAACCCAUAACAUUGGGGUCUGUACAGAA